GGGGAACUUUUCAUUCCUCUUUACUCGCAAGUCACAGCGACAGAGAGACAGCAUGUCGGCACCUCGAGCAGCAAGGCAACUCGCCAAUGGCCUGUUCCGACGAACAAACCCCCGAACGCGAUUCCUACCCAUCCAACGCAGCAUGCACAGCACGAGCAGACUAGCUUCACAAGCAGCCGCCGGUCAACCAAUUGUCGAAGCCGAAAGACCUCACGAAACACCGGCAGUGAACCCACCACUCAGCUUCCCCUGUCUGGAUGCUCUGGACAAGAAGACGCAAACUUUGACCAAGAAGCGAUCGCUAUCUGGUCCCGAGCCCUCAUACGCUCCAGGCGCGACCGAAACCUUCCACUGCCCUUCGCCCCUCUUGCUGGACUGGGGCGGUGUUCUGCCAUCCUUCGACAUCGCCUACGAGACCUGGGGCAACCUCAACGCCGACAAGAGCAAUGCCAUCCUGCUCCACACCGGUCUGAGUGCCAGCAGUCACGCGAAGAGCACUCCUGCCAACUCAAAGCCCGGCUGGUGGGAAAAGUUCAUUGGACCUGGCGCACCCAUCGACACAGACAAGUACUUUGUCAUCUGCACCAAUGUGCUGGGAGGUUGCUAUGGCAGUACCGGGCCCGGCUCCAAGGAUCCUCUGGCAAACGACCAACACUACGCUACACGCUUCCCUAUCCUCACCAUGCAGGACAUGGUGCGUGCUCAAUUCCGUCUUCUCGACUGGAUGGGUAUUGAUAAGCUGUAUGCCUCUGUCGGCUCCAGUAUGGGUGGUAUGCAGAGUCUUGCCGCAUCAGUCCUACACCCUGAGCGUGUAGGCAAGCUCGUCAGCAUCUCUGGCUGCGCAAGAAGUCACCCUUACAGCAUAGCCAUGCGCCAUACCCAACGUCAAGUCCUCAUGAACGACCCCGCCUGGUCCUCCACCCGCGGAAACUACUACUCCGCCAUUCCUCCUCACGCCGGCAUGAAGCUCGCACGCGAAAUCGCAACUGUGACCUACCGCAGCGGUCCAGAAUGGGAACAGCGCUUUGGCCGUCGACGAGCCGACCCCUCCAAACCCCCAGCCCUCUGCCCCGACUUCCUCAUCGAAACCUACCUCGACCACGCCGGCGAAAAAUGGUGUCUCGAAUACGACGCAAACAGUCUGCUCUACGUGAGUAAAGCCAUGGACUUGUUCGACUUGGGCAAAGAACACAUGGAUAUGCUGGAGGGUGUGAGAGCGUCGAAUGUGCAUAAGCUUGAUCAGUUUGGCGCUGAUAAGCCGACACCGAAACCAGAGGCUGGAGCGGCGGAUUUGUGUAAUUUGACCUUGCCGGAUACGCCGUAUGAGGAGCAAGAGUCGACUGCCGAGAUUAUGAACAAGGAUACGGAGAUCAAGGCUGCUACUCAGGAUAAUGAGCCCCCUGCUGAUUUGGUCAAGGGUAUGCAAGGACUCAGGGAUAUCCCGGCUUUGGUCAUGGGUGUUGCCUCUGAUAUCCUGUUCCCGGCCUGGCAGCAGAGAGAGAUCGCUGCUGCUUUGAGAAAGGUUGGAAACAGAAAGGUUACCCAUGUUGAGCUUGGCGAGGACAGGAGUUUGUUCGGCCACGACACCUUCUUGCUUGAUCUUGAGGGUGUUGGUGGUGAGCUCAAGAGAUUCCUCGGAUAGGAGUUGGGAUGAGCCGCAAAUGUAUGUAUGAUAGACGUUUUGAGCAAAAAGCAUAGCGAAUUUGACUUCACCAUCACACAC